AUGCCGGCGUCAAGUCCACGGCGAGGCAGCCGCAAUGCCAGUGAACAAACACCCCUUCUUCAAGAUGACCAGUGUUCCAUCUCAAGCAUAACCGACUACUCGAACCAUCUGGAAAAUGGUACUGCAAAAUCCACCUCCGAACCCUCCAGCCAGGGAAAGCCGCUUCCCAAAGGUCAAAUCAUCCUGCUUUGCUACGCCCGCAUGAUGGAGCCUAUUGCCUUCUUCUCCAUCUUCCCCUUCAUUGCGCAAAUGGUCCAACGCAAUGGGAACCUUCCCGAGUCGGAUGUCGGCUUCUACAGCGGCAUCAUCGAGUCCAUCUUCUCGGCUACCCAGACCGUCGUGCUCAUCUUCUGGGGCCGACUGGCCGAUAGAGUAGGCCGUAAACCCAUCUUGAUCUACAGUCUUUGCGGACUGGCAAUCGGACCGGCGUUGUUCGGCGUCGCAACCAGCAUUGGGGAGAUGAUUCUGUUUAGAUGUAUCGCCGGUGUGUUUUCAGGCUCCAGUCUGAUUAUACGAACUAUGAUUGGCGACCAUAGCACGCCGGAGACGCAGGCCGUUGCGUUUAGUUGGUUUGCGUUUGCAGGCAAUGUCGGCAUCUUCCUUGGCCCUAUUAUCGGUGGUGUUCUCGCAGAUCCUGUGAACCAGUAUCCAGGUCUCUUUGGCGGUAAUGUUUUCUUUGAAAACUAUCCAUAUGCACUUCCGGGUCUGGUUGUUGGCGCCAUCAGCGCAACUGGUGCAAUAACUUCGAUGCUCUUCCUUGAAGAAACAUUGAAUCGGGAUGAAUCCCCAACCGAAAACUCAACCGGCACCACUGAAACCCACGACGCUCCAAAGAUGACGAUAUGGCAGCUUGUCAGAGCUCCUGGUGUUGGGGCAGUCUUAUGGAUAUACGGCCACGUCAUGUUUCUUGCCUUUGCCUUUACAGCCAUUCUUCCCGUCGCAUUGUUCACCCCAGUCGAAAUCGGCGGUUUGGGAUGCUCAGCUGCCCAAAUUUCUAUUUACAUGGCUGCCCAGGGCGGCAGUCAGGCGAUUUGGUUGUUGCUCGCCUUCCCGUUCCUGCAGCGCCGUCUGGGAACCAAGGGGGUGCUGCGCAUGUGUGCCUUUGCGUAUCCCCUAUUCUUCGCAGGCUACAUUGCCAUGAACACUCUGCUCCGGGAUGGUAGCAAGAUGGCAAUGGUUUGGUUCUGGAUACUGGGUUCAGCCGUGGCAUUUAUCGGUCCUGGUGUGUCCAUGGCCUUCACCGGAGUGCAGCUCGCAUUGAACGACGUAUCUCCAGCAGCGCAUCUCCUGGGAACUCUCAAUGCUGUCGCGUUGACUUGCACCAGUGCCAUCCGUUCGAUUGUGCCUGGAGUUGCCACUGCCGUCUACGCUGUCGGUGUCCGUCAUCAAAUCCUUUGGGGUCACCUCGCCUGGGUGAUUCUCAUCCCAAUAUCCAUGGCGUUGACGAUAUGUUUGAAGUGGUUGCGUAAUGAUAGGGCCCGAUGA